UGCAAAGCACGUAGCGAUCGUGGGUGUCGUCAUAAGCGGUAAUUUUUGGAACGAGGAUGAACUUCAUUUCUCCUGCCCAUUGAUCAACUGGUGCUUCAAAGUGACGAAUACCAGUUUGUCUAAAAUUCAAACGUAAAAGAAGCAAAUUUGAAAACACUCAAAGACCAAAGAUGCUAGAACUAGUUUCGUGAUUGGUUAUUGACAGUGGGGUGAAAUACGUCAGAUGUGACGUCAUACGUGAGACCUGGGUUGCUCGGUACUGAGAAAAGAAACCUUGCAUCAUCAGCUCGGAUGAACUUCUGGACAUUGCUUUGUUUGCUCAUUCUAUUAAGUACAUCAUGGACAAUUUUCGGUGCUGCCAUUCCAUCUUCAAUAAAUACUUUGUCACUAAAAAAAAGAAGCAGUUUCCUUGCAGAUGAUUUUAGAUUCGGUGAAGGUGUACACAUACCAGACAAUGACGUCGAUCCCAACCAGCGCCAGUUCGGUGCUGCUGAUGUCAGAGGCACGACCACCACAGACCCCAUCCACGACUUCGACGUCGAGGACUUUGGGGUGGCCUCUUCUCUAGAAGAGGCACCAGAGUCUGAUGUCCUCCACAGUAACCACUCGGACCACGAGGACCAUGCAAUCCACGUGGCGUCUUGGCAGUGGGAUUACGUAAGGACGCCCUUCAUUUAUACAGCCGUAGUCAUAAUAGCUGGAUUCUGCAAGAUAGGGUUUCAUCAUGCAGAGUUCUUAUCUCCCAUAUUUCCAGAAUCAUGUAUGUUGAUUAUUCUUGGAAUCAUUGUUGGCACUAUCGUCCAUUUUACAGAAUCCAGAGAAAUGCUUCCACGGUUUACACCCAAAGCAUUCUUUCUCUUCUUGCUGCCACCAAUCGUCUUGGAAUCGGCAUAUUCCCUCCACGACAGAGCUUUCUUCAGCAAUCUGGGUACCAUUCUACUGUAUGCUGUAGUCGGGACCAUUAUUAACUGCUUCAUAAUUGGUAUUGCUUUAUUUGGCCUCACUUACGUGGGAGCACUAGGUGAUAUACAUUUCCAUCUGGUGGAGUGCCUUGUAUUUAGUGCUCUCAUCUCCGCAGUGGAUCCAGUCGCAGUGCUUGCUAUCUUUCAAGAAGUUGGUGUUAAUAAAAAUCUAUAUUUUCUCGUGUUUGGAGAAUCUUUACUAAAUGAUGCUGUAACCAUUGUGCUUUAUACGAUGAUGGUAGGCUUUUCAAAAGCUGACUACAUUACUGCAGAACAAGUAGCAGUCGGUAUCGCUGCUUUCAUCUGUGUUAGUCUAGGAGGUUUAGCAAUCGGAAUAUUAAUGGGUAUUUUUACAGCUUUGAUCACAAAACAUACUGAAGAUGUAAGAGUUGUGGAGCCGCUUGCCAUGUUAGGAGUUGCUUACCUUUCAUAUCUCUUAGCCGAAAUGGUUCACUUUUCAGGAAUCAUCAGUAUCAUAGGUUGUGGAAUAGUACAAGCGCACUACGCAUCAAAAAACAUAUCUGAUAAAUCAAAUACCACGGUGAAGUACUUCACAAAGAUGGUGAGUGCUGUGUGUGAUACUAUCAUCUUUUUGUUCCUGGGUAUGGUUCUGGUCGACGAUCAACAUGUGUGGCACACAGGUUUUGUACUGUGGUCUACAGGGCUAUGUUUAAUCGUCAGAUUUGGAAGCGUUUUUCUUUUGACUUACUGUGCCAAUAAAUUGGAAAGGACGCACAAAAUAAAUACAGAGGAACAAUUUAUAAUGGCUUAUGGUGGAUUACGAGGAGCAGUUGCAUUUUCAUUGGUCGUCAUGUUGGAUGACAUUGAACACAAAAAUUUGUUCACUACAGCAACGUUGUUCAUUGUUCUCUUCACCGUCUUCAUCCAGGGAGCCACUGUAAAGCCACUGGUAGAUUUAUUAAAAAUUAGAAGAGUGUCUGCAAAGACAUCUAGUAGCCUAUUUACUGAAGUCAACAAAAAGUUACUGGAUCACGUGAUGGCGGGCGUGGAAGAAGUGACUGGUGACCAUGGUGGAAAUUAUUGGAAGCAAAUGCUUUUCCACUACAAUAGCAAAUAUCUCAAAAAAUGGCUCCAACACAAGAAAACUGAGAGCAAUCUCUCCCGAGUCUACACGCAGAUGAUGCUGGAGGAUCAUUUUGCUCAUCUUUAUGGACCGGCAGCUGCUAUAGAAGAUCACAAACCAUUGUUGCUUCAUAAAGUAUCAUCCGAGGAAGACGACGAUAUUUUAGAAGUUUUACCUCCUGUGGUAGAACAGGAGGAAGAGGACGAGGAUGUGCAACUGCAGUCGGUUCUACCGGAAUCUCAAGAGAGGGAAGUUAAAGAAGAAGCAACAAAAACUCACAAGUUUAGGCGGUGGCAGCAAAUUGCCGCUAACGCCAAACUAAGUUUACAAGAUGAGGACGAAACUGUGCCUCUCAAAAAUAAGAGAACCGGACGCUCAAUUGUAAAGUUUGCAAUCGGUGAAAGAAACUCGGAAUCUUGCGUCUUGCAAAAGCGUCCUCCUAUCCUGAAGCGACAGGCAACCAGCAUAGCAUUGUUCGCCAAAAAGGAGAAUCCUGAGGAUGAUGCAUCACGUUUGUUGCAAAAGGCACUUCUUGAUAACCCUUACAACAAGCUUCACAACAAAUACAACCCGAACUUGGUGGGUGAUGAAGAUCAAGACUUACUAGCUCACCUGAAGAAACGUCGAUUGAGAACAAGAAGACUCACGCUUUUGGCCAUGCACAACAAUGAGUCGGGCACACCAGAGCGACGCUCUUCAAUACAAACUGAAGAACUUUCCAACCCUCUAGUACCCUUGGCAGCUUCGUUUUUCUUGGAGAGAGCACAACGACGAAAAAGCAUGAUGAAAGGAAUCCCAACCAAAGGGGCAGAAACUUCAGAAGAGUCUCAAACGGCCAGUAAAAAACUGGAAAGACAGUCUGCUGUUACUGGCCUCAGAGAUCCAAAUGGCGUGGUGACAAUAGGUGAAGAAGACGAAACGAUUGAGAUUGUGCUCAGGAGGCCAUCGAACGGAAGUGUCGAUAAAUCUGAGCAUAGAAAAUCUACCGAGUCCACGGUGUAAAUAAAUUGCGUCGAUUUGUUGUUUUUCGAAUUUAGAUGUAUAAAUUUAUUAAAUACUAUUGUCAGAAAACUGCACGAAAAAAAAGGAGAGGAAAAUGACGCAGGCGAAAUAUUUUUAUCGCUAUGGUCUGAAACUUACUCCCCCUGUUGCGAAUAGGGGUUCUGAAAGUAAGGCUCUUCAAAAAUGUGCUAAGUUCUUCAAAAUACAUCUAUAUAUACAUAUAUUUUAUGGAAAUACAUUUGUCCCUCAUUCCAUCUUUGAAAUAUAUACGGUGUUGCCAAAACCUGAUGAAAAACUAGCGAUCGAUGUACCUCAAAUAAUGGAAAGGAUGAAAAUGAAUGCUUUUUUGCAUAGAUUACUGAAAAUUGCACAUAAAAUCUAAAAAGUUAAAUGUUAUGGUUUUACGCUAAAUGUAUAUAUUUUUAGCUUUUGAAAUUUAUCGACAUUCAAAAUCAUUAAGUAUUUAACUAGGAAAUCUAUUGCAAGUUCUUGAUCAUCAAUGGCGAAAUUUAAUACAUACAACUUAGCUAAUUUCAAUGCUUCAGAAAAUGUAGUGGCGGAAAUAAGACAGUGCACAGUGUUGUUGAAUUUAAAGUUUUAUAAAAUUUACUUUGACUAAGAUAUAUUAUUUCUAGGAUAUUACGUUGAAGUUCUGACACAUAUAAACCAAAAUCUCUCUUUUGGAAAGAAAUCUCUCGAAAGUAGUUUUUCUCUUACUGAAAUAAUAGUUUGGAGUUUUAAACAAUAAGGUAAUUUUUACUUCCUUUUGCAAAGUAAAGGAAGUAUUGUAUUCACGAAAAAAUUUUGACCCAAAAAUAGGCAUUAAUUUCAGUUUUGCUUGCCCUUGAACGAAUGUCUAGUUUUUUUCAACCCGACCACACGUGGAUAUGUCUAAGAACGUAUAGAGACCAGAAAUAUCCAUUUUGACGAUACCUGAAUUAAUUACAAUGCGUUUUCUCGUGACGUCUGUAUGUAUGUAUGUGCGUGCGUAUGUAUCUCUCAAAAACGGUAUAUCCUAGAAUAAUGAAAUUUGGUACGUAGACUCCUAGUGGAGUCCAGUUGUGCACCUCCCCUUUUGAUUGCAUUUGGAUAUUCCCAAGGGGGUCUUUUACACCUUUUUGGGGGAAGUCAUUGUUAAUAUCAAUGCAAACUCAAGUGGUGUUAUAAUUUAGCAAACACUUGGCGACACAUAGCCAAGCUUUUGGUCGCCAAGUUUGCCAACAUGGUGACAAAAAAAAAUGCCUUUUUUUUAUAAUUUUUUAAAUAUAAAAUUAGUCUCAUUUUGGCCAUUAUUGGCAAUAUUUAGAGAGUUAACCAUUGAAUCACAUUAAAAUGUCCAGUAGUGGGAAAAUUAACCUGUAUAAAACAUUUUUUUGCUUCAGUUCGCAAGAAACUUGGGGCAAAAAUAUUUUAAAGUGUUUCUUUGCUUACUCCAAGGCAUCUAUAACUAUUAUAAUUAAAUUGGCGUAAAAGGAAGUCACGUGACAAAUAUUCACAGCAAACCAAAGAUAAAAUCUUCGCAACCAAGCGUAAAAAUAAUUUAAAAAAAAAAUAUUUCAUGCAAAUUUGAUACCUUAUAUUGUAGAAGUUCUAGUCAAUAAUCCAUAGUUUGGAAACGGCAGAGUUUUUAAAAGAAUAAAAUAGAAAACAAAAUUAUUCUUUUAUGUAAUGAAAUUUAAUUCUUUCUUAAACUAGGGAGUUUUCUUACCAAUCCUACUCUCACAGAAAGAAGAAGACUUUUUUUUCUAAACAUUACAGGAUAUCCAUUUAAGGAUACUUUACUGGACUUAAAAGUACAAAUGUUAAUUUUAAAUAAAUUAGCCACUAUUUAAAAAAUAUCACUAUUAAUGGUAAUUUUAGUUCAAAAGUAUUAUCUGUUAAAAAUUUUAGAACAAGCAUGAUUUAAUCGAUUGAUUAGGGCAUCAAUUUUUUUAAACAAAAAAUCGAAAUCACGGAAUUUCUACAGUUGAUUUAAAAAAAAAAAAAAUUCCCCAUUUCGACAUUUAUAAUUCUGCACUUGGUAAUUUUGUAUAGAGAAGUAAUUUAUGUUCACAAAUUCCUGAAAAAUCGUUAAAUGAGAAUACUUGAGAAGAAACAUACGUGAUUGUACAUUGUUUUUACGUACAAAAAAAAAAAAAAAAAAUCAGUGUAGUAUAAUGUGAAGAUAAACCUCAAACUAGUCCUUAAUUUUAGAGUUCUUGAAGAAAAAGUUUUAAAUCAAGUUUCAGCAAACCUGGCUUAACCCUCCAGAGAUGGCGCCACCAGCCAUCUUCAAUCCCACUCCAACUGAGAUAUAAUGCUGGAAGGGAGGGAUGUUGAUUGCAGCUAAUAAAUUAAGUAUGGUAUUUUUGUGUAAUGGAAGUUUGUGUCAAGUUAUAGAUUUUUAUAAAAAUCAGUGUAGUCUAUUUUAAGAUGAAUAGAUAUUUUGAGUAACAUUCUUAAAGGCAGUAUUCUCUUAAAAUGAUGUUGUGACAUGACAUCAGGUGAAGUAUUUUUCAAAAGAUUCCUUCACAAAUGUAUAUUGUGAUUUUCAUCGCAAAAGAGGUUUUUGCUUGUGAACAGUUUUGAAACAGCUGAACUUUUCGAGCAUGCCCAAUUGGAACAUCAAAAGUAUCAGAUGUUCUGCAAUGAACAAUUUUCCAGUAUUGUACACAUUUUCUUUACAGGCUUAUUCCUUAGAUGUAAAAUAAUUGUUAAA